AUGGCUCUCGUCGACAAUUCUCAGAUUCAGGGCGCUGAGCUGCUCAAGCCGCUCCCCCUCUAUCUUCACACAUAUGUCGCGCCUUUUGCUAUAAUAUGGCCUAUAUUCGCCCGUUAUUUCUACACCCCCGAGCUAUACGCCAAGCAUAUUGGCUCAUCUGAGUGGACUUUCGUCUGGUGCGGCGCCAUCAUCACUCUGCAGAGUUUGGUCUGGCUUAGCACAAAUUGGAGUGUCAAUCUUAAGGCUCUCUUUACUGCGAGGAAAGCAAGUAGGAUCGAAGAUGCGCAGCUGAUCAAGGUCAUCCCCAUCGCCAAUGCCGGUUCGGCCGACAUCUGCAAACUUGUUCGCGAUAAGGUCGGGGACAAGACAAACCUGUCCUUUCUAUUUCAGAAGCGCCGUUUUCUCUAUGACCCUGCGAAGAAAUCUUUCAGUACCUUGACCUACGAGAUUGACGCUGAGCCUAAGCCUAAGAUUGGGAAGUUUCAAAAAUCGACGGGUAUCUCUUCUCAAGCUGAACUCACUAGGCUCGAGCAAUACUAUGGCUCUAAUACCUUUGAUAUUCCCGUCCCUACCUUCACCGAGCUCUUCCGAGAGCAUGCCGUUGCUCCCUUUUUUGUCUUCCAAGUCUUCUGUGUUGGUCUCUGGAUGCUGGACGAGUACUGGUACUAUUCUCUAUUUACCCUAUUUAUGCUUGUCGCAUUCGAGAGCACGGUAGUCUGGCAACGACAGCGUACCUUGGUCGAAUUUCGAGGCAUGAGUAUUAAGCCGUACGAUAUGUGGGUGUACCGAUUGGGCAAGUGGACUGAGCUCGAGAGCGAUAAGCUGCUUCCGGGAGACCUCGUUUCCGUUGGGCGAACUAAAGAGGAUAGCGGUGUUGCAUGUGAUAUGCUUCUGGUCGAGGGCACAGCUAUCGAGAAGCCUAAGCUCGCCUCAGGUGUCCCACCGCCUCCUGACAAUGGCGCCAUGGCCAUCGUGAUGAAAACUGGCUUCGAGACGUCGCAGGGUAGUCUGGUUCGGACCAUGAUCUACUCGACGGAGCGUGUUUUCGCGAACAAUGCCGAAGCUUUGUUCUUUAUCCUCUUUCUCCUCAUCUUUGCGGUGGCCGCUUCGUGCGUCGUGCCUCCUGAGCUUCCCAUGGAACUCAGCUUGGCAGUAAAUACUAGUCUCGCUGCCCUAGCUAAGUUUGCUAUCUUCUGUACUGAACCUUUCCGUAUCCCCUUCGCCGGCCGUAUUGACAUAGCAUGCUUUGACAAGACUGGUACUUUAACCGGCGAGGACCUGGUCGUCGAAGGCAUUGCGGGACUUGGACUUGGCCACACUGGCACAAAUACCCCUCGCGAGUCUGAUGGUGCCCAUAGCCAUUUAACCUUUGUCAAGGAUGCUGGAAUGGAAACAACCCUCGUGCUAGCUAGCGCCCACGCUCUCGUUAAGCUUGAGGACGGCGAAAUUGUGGGUGAUCCUAUGGAAAAGGCCACGCUCGCGGCUCUCGGUUGGGGUCUAGGUAAAAACGAUACUCUCGCUGCGAAGCCUGCCGUCACGGCCGCAGGAGGUACUUCAGGUGCUGUUCAAAUCAAGCGCCGCUUCCAAUUCUCGUCUGCUCUGAAACGCCAGAGCUCCGUCGCUACAGUAAAUGCUGCUGAUCCUAAGACUGGUAAUAAGGUGCGCGGCACUUUCGUGGGUGUAAAGGGCGCUCCAGAAACCAUAAUGAGGAUGCUUGUUUCUAUCCCCAAGGAUUAUGAAGAGACGUUCAAGUACUUUACUCGACGUGGUUCCCGAGUGCUUGCUCUUGCUUACAAGCAAUUAACAUACGAUAGCGAGCUCGGCUCUGGCAAAAUCAACGAUCUGAAGCUGUCCUCUAAAGAUGAUGCGAAGCAAGCUGUGCAAAUGUUGAAUGAGAGCAGCCAUCGUGUCGUCAUGAUUACGGGAGACAAUCCACUUACGGCUGUGCACGUCGCCAGAGAGGUCGAGAUUGUUGACCGUGAUGUUCUCAUCCUAGACGCUCCAGAACAAAAUCACGGAGGGGAGAAGUUAGUCUGGCGUAGUGUUGAUGAUAAGACCAAUGUUGAGGUAGAUGCGUCGAAACCGAUCGACCCCGAAAUUAUCAAGUCGAAGGAUAUCUGUGUUACUGGAUAUGCGCUGGCCAAGUUUAAGGAUAAUAAAGCUGCCUGGCGAUCGCUCCUCCGUCAUACUUGGGUUUAUGCUCGCGUGUCUCCAAAGCAAAAGGAGGAAAUUCUCUUAGGAUUAAAGGAUAUGGGUUAUUUUACACUGAUGGCUGGAGAUGGGACUAAUGUUGGAGCUCUAAAACAGGCUCACAUUGGUAUCGCUCUUCUCAAUGGUACACAAGAAGACUUGACAAGGAUCGCAGAGCAUUCCCGCAACACCAAGAUGAAGGAGCUCUAUCAGAAGCAGAUCGACCUUAUGAAACGAUUCAACCAGCCCGCUCCUCCUGUUCCGCCCAUUAUUGCUCAUCUUUAUCCUCCUGGCCCCUCUAACCCUCACUACGAAAAGGCAAUGGAGCGAGAGGCGCAGAAGCGAGGUGUUACUGUCGAAGAACUUGCGAAGCUAAAUGGUACAAACAUCGAGACUGUAACUAGCCCAGGAGCUCGGCAGCUCCUGAACCAAGACCCGAGAGCAUCUAGGCAACAAGAAGUGGCUAACAAGGCCGCCGGCUUUGCUGACAAGAUGACGACCGCGAUGAUGGAGCAGGAAUUGGGUGAUGAUGAGCCGCCUACUCUCAAGCUAGGAGAUGCAUCAGUCGCUGCACCUUUUACUAGCAAGUUACGAAAUGUCAUUGCCGUCCCCAACAUCAUUCGACAAGGUCGUUGCACUCUGGUCGCUACGAUUCAGAUGUACAAGAUCUUGGCUCUCAACUGUCUCAUCAGUGCCUACAGUCUUAGCGUUCUUUAUCUUGAGGGUAUCAAGUUUGGUGACGGGCAGAUUACUAUUAGCGGAAUGCUCAUGAGCGUCUGUUUUCUUUCGAUUUCCCGCGCGAAAUCUGUCGAGGGACUGUCCAAGGAGAGACCACAACCCAACAUAUUCAACUUCUAUAUCAUCGGCUCCAUUCUCGGCCAAUUUGCCGUUCAUAUUGCUACGCUCAUCUAUAUCGCCCGAUUCUGUGACAAGCUGGAACCACGAUCCGAAAUGGUUGAUCUCGAGGCCGAAUUCAAGCCGUCACUCCUGAACAGUGCCGUAUACCUUCUGCAACUGAUCCAGCAGAUCUCUACGUUUGCAGUCAAUUAUCAGGGCCGACCAUUUAGAGAGUCUCUGUCUGAGAACCGAGGUAUGUACUGGGGUAUCAUCUCGGUUACUGGUAUUGCGUUCGCCUGCUCGACGGAAUUCUUCCCGGAACUCAACGAGCAAAUGAAGCUUGUGAAAUUUACGGAGGAGUUUAAGACCACGAUGACUGCAGUUAUGGUUAUCGACUAUGCUGCUUGUUAUAUUAUCGAGGUGAUCCUCAAGCGGCUUUUUAGCGACUUCCGUCCUCGUGACAUCGCGAUGCGCCGGCCAGAGCAGAACGAGCGGGAGAGGGUAAGAAAGGAGGCAGAGAAGGCGCUGAAGGACGCCGAGGAAGAGAAGAAGCAAGCGGAGAAAGUGGCAGCUUUUGAGAGGAAGUUGGAGGAACGAAAGCAGAAGAUCCGAGAGGCGACACAAGCUGCCCGCGCUGCGAGGUAA